GGCCUGGCCUGGCUGAGGGGAGGCGGCGGGCGGGCGCGAUGGCGGAGGCCGGGCCACAGGCGCCGCCGCCCCCGGGCACCCCAAGCCGGCACGAGAAGAGCCUGGGACUUCUCACCACCAAGUUCGUGUCGCUUCUGCAGGAGGCGAAGGACGGCGUGCUUGACCUCAAGCUGGCAGCUGACACCCUAGCUGUGCGCCAGAAGCGGCGGAUAUAUGAUAUUACAAAUGUGCUGGAAGGUAUCGGGCUGAUUGAGAAAAAAUCUAAGAACAGCAUCCAGUGGAAAGGUGUGGGGCCUGGCUGCAAUACUCGGGAGAUUGCUGACAAGCUGAUUGAGCUCAAGGCAGAGAUCGAGGAGCUGCAGCAGCGGGAGCAAGAACUGGACCAGCACAAGGUGUGGGUGCAGCAGAGCAUCCGGAACGUCACAGAGGAUGUGCAGAACAGCUGCUUGGCCUACGUGACUCAUGAGGACAUCUGCAGAUGCUUUGCUGGAGACACACUCCUGGCCAUCCGGGCCCCAUCGGGCACCAGCCUGGAAGUGCCGAUCCCAGAGGGACUCAAUGGGCAGAAGAAGUACCAGAUUCACCUGAAGAGUGUGAGUGGUCCUAUUGAGGUGCUACUGGUGAACAAGGAGGCCUGGAGUUCACCCCCUGUGGCUGUGCCCGUGCCACCACCAGAAGAUCUGCUCCAGGGCCCACCUGCUAUCUCUACCCCUCCGCCUCUGCCCAAGCCUGCCCUGGCCCAGCCCCAGGAAGCCUCACGCCCAAGCAGUCCCCAGCUGACCAUCCCCACCCCUGUCCCCAGCAGCACCGAGGCCCAGGGGGUGGCCAGUCCAGCAGUUGAGAGCACAGUGAGCGGAGGCUUUGGAACCGAUAGCAAGGACAGUGGUGAGCUUGGCUCACUCCCUCUGGGCCUGACGGCACUGGACACCCGGCCGCUGCAGUCUUCGGCCCUGCUGGACAGCAGCAGCAGCAGCAAUAGCAGCUCCUCUGGACCCAAUCCUUCUACCUCCUUUGAGCCCAUCAAAGCAGACCCCACUGGUGUUCUGGAACUCCCCAAAGAGCUGUCAGAAAUCUUCGAUCCCACACGAGAGUGCAUGAGCUCAGAGCUGCUGGAGGAGCUGAUGUCCUCAGAAGUGUUUGCCCCCCUCCUCCGUCUCUCUCCACCCCCUGGAGACCAUGAUUACAUCUACAAUCUGGAUGAGAGUGAAGGUGUCUGUGACCUCUUCGAUGUGCCUGUUCUCAACCUCUGACUGACGGGGACAUGCCUGGUGUGGCUGAGACACAGACUGUCUGACUUGGGGGCUGCCUGGGGUCCUCCCCCCACCCCGCCCGUACACAGCUUGAGAGCCACUGACUCCUGGCUUCUUCAGCCUUCCCUCACUGCACAGUUCUGGCCGCAACCCCCACUCCUGUCCCUGCAUCUGCACUGUGCUAGGAGAGCAGGGGAGAGGGGCCCAGCCCCUGCCAUCAUGGAGCCAAAGUGUUUGCCUCACCUUUUCUGGGGACUUCCCCCACCUUGUGCCCUUUCCGAGCCCUCCCAGAGCCCAGGCUCGACUGCCACUCAGUGGCACAGAACUGAGAAACCACCCUUGCCCCCGUAGGACAGUUUGUUUAGCCCCACUUCUGCCCCUGCCAGUCCUCUGCCAGCCCCUGUCCUGGCCCCAGGGAGGGAAGAGCAGGUAGAGCUGGGUGCUUGCCAGCACUACCCUUAGCCUCCGCUGCUGCCCACCCCCGACCCUCCAGCUCCUCCCAGCCCUCUAGCACACGCCUCUUCUGUUCAGCCCUUAAGCCCUGAGACUUGUAGGUGGGGGUGGGGGGGGUGCUAACUGGAAGGAACAGAGGUCUCUAGCUAGGAAUCUGGGUGGUUCAGUCCCUGAGGAUUGCCCCAGCCUCCCAUUGCCCCAUAAGCCUCCUUGUUUAUUCAUUUACCCUGUUAGAGCCAUUUGCAGAGAUUUAGAAAGAUUUACAGUAACGAAUGGAUUCCUAUAAAAAGAUUAUUUUUAUACUUUUUGCAGCAAAAGGAAAUUGUAAUAUUUGUACAGUGUCCAAGUAAAUAAAGACCGUGCCUAAGGCUA